UACCAACUCACCUCUGUUAACCUUUCAAAAAACAAAAACUAAAAACUGGGCCUUUUCCUCAUCAGCUCUCUAAAUACUCUCUCUCUCUGCCUGGCAAUCCUACGCUACUUUCUUCUUCUGUUUACCUCUAUAAAUCAACACAGCCCCGACAAUACUAUUGCUUUCAAGAUAUCUUUUGCAAAUACUUCCAUCAGCAUAGCAACAAAUUUAUCAGUGAAGAAUCAUUUGGGAAAAGGUGAAACAGUGAUUAGUAUGUCUGAACUGAUUGAAGGUCUUCCAGAUGCCAUUGCUAUCAGGUGCAUUGCACGAGUUCCCUUCUACCUCCAUCCCAAGUUAGAGCUUGUUUCUCGUUCAUGGCGGGCUGCUAUACAUAGUCCUGAGUUGUUUAAAGCCCGACAGGAGGUUGGUUCAGCAGAAGAUCUGCUAUGUGUGUGUGCUUUUGAUCCUGAGAAUUUGUGGCAGCUUUAUGACCCUCUUCGAGACCUUUGGAUUACUCUUCCUGUUCUGCCCUCAAAAAUCAGACACCUUUCCCACUUUGGUGUUGUCUCCACUGCUGGAAAACUGUAUGUGCUUGGUGGUGGAAGUGAUGCUGUAGACCCAUUGACCGGUGACCAGGAUGGAAGCUUUGCAACCGAUGAAGUGUGGUCAUAUGACCCUGUAUUGCGACAGUGGGCUCCACGUGCAUCCAUGGUUGUACCCCGUGCGAUGUUUGCAUGCUGUGUUUUGAAAGGAAAAAUACUUGUUGCAGGUGGUUUCACCAGCUGCCGAAAAUCAAUAUCUCAAGCAGAAAUGUAUGAUCCAGAGAAAGAUGUGUGGAUCCCAAUACCAGAUCUCCAUCGCAGUCACAAUUCAGCAUGCUCUGGACUAGUUAUUGGGGGAAAGGUGCACAUCUUGCACAAGGGCUUAUCAACAGUGCAAGUAUUGGACAAUGCAGGGUCUGGAUGGAUGGUUGAGGAUUACGGUUGGCUCCAAGGUCCAAUGGCAGUUGUUCAUGGGGCCUUGUAUGUGAUGAGCCAUGGACUAAUUUGCAAGCAGGAAGGAAAAAGAAGGAAAGUAGUGGUUUCAGCAUCUGAGUUUCGGAGAAGGAUUGGAUUUGCAAUGACUGGGUUGGGAGAUGACAUAUAUGUGAUUGGAGGGGUGAUAGGUCCUGAUCGAUGGAAUUGGUAUAUCAAGCCAAUGUCUGAUGUUGAUAUCUUGACAUUUGGGGGUGAGAGACCGACUUGGCGACAGGCUGCUCCUAUGACACGGUGCCGUGGUGCAAUUCUUGGAUGUACGCAGCUGCGAAUAUAGGUCUGAAGAUGUUAUGUUUUGUGGUGAAAGUUAUGUUCUUGUCAAGGCAUUAAUUUCCCUCCUAUUUGGAGACGAGGAAUGUAACUUUUUCUCUUUGGCUUUUGAGUCGUCAUCCUUGCCUUCGACUUCUGUCAAAGUGGUCAAUGUUAGGUGUUUGAAAAACUUCCUUUUCGAGGGUAACAUUGAAGGUCUCGAAUCGGUUUAACCAACGAGGAGUACAUCAAAUUUAGUAACAGGAUGGACGUGGAACCAUUUUGUUUCACCCA